AUGGCUGCGUUCCUCCAUUCGCCGACUGUUCCAACCAUUCCAGCCAACAAUCCUACACUGUCUGAGCCUACAGAUGCAGGAGACGGGUAUCGGUGGCUGCUGACACCAGUAGAACGCUCUCGUGUUGCAUCAAUGCUUCACUGCGAUGUUUCUGAGAUUUCUCUCGACUCGAUUGUAAUGAGACAGAAUCGUGAAGUCUGUAAUGGCUGUGGAAAAUACGUUGGUCUAGAUGACUUCGUUUACAAUGCAAAACGAUUGGGUGUUCAUUCACCAGCUUUUAUGAUAGAUAUUCUCAGAGAAUGUGGGGAGAGGAAUUCCGAUGAACUGGAAUGCUCAGAGUGUGGUACCAUGUAUGAAACACGUUACGAGUAUGUCUAA